CAAAUUAAUUCUCACCGCGACUCUACAUGCGCUUCAGUCUUCCGCUUACAGAAACGGCAGCAGACACAGACCCGACACUCUACGGACAAUGCCGGAGCUACCGGAAGUGGAGGCCGCCAGAAGGGCCAUAGAAGAGCACUGCUUAAGCAAGAGGAUCAAGAGAGCUAUAAUAGCCAAUGAUCCUAAAGUCAUUGAUGGAGUCUCUUCCGCGGAUUUCGAGGCUGCUCUUGUGGGAAAAACUCUAAUUUCUGCUCUUCGCAAGGGCAAGAACCUUUGGUUCCAGCUCGAUUCCCCUCCCUUUCCUUCCUUUCAGUUCGGGAUGGCUGGUGCUAUAUAUAUUAAGGGAGUUGCUGUUACCAAAUAUAAAAGGUCUGCUGUGAAUGACACUGAUGAAUGGCCAUCCAAAUAUUCAAAGCUAUUUAUUGAACUAGAUGAUGGUCUGGAGCUCUCUUUUACAGAUAAGAGGCGAUUUGCUAAAGUCCGCCUGCUGAAUGAUCCAGCUUCUGUGCCUCCAAUUUCUGAGCUUGGCCCUGAUGCCUUAUUGGAGCCAAUGGAAGUCGAUGAAAUUUAUGAAUCCUUGCGCAAGAAGAAAAUUGCUAUCAAGGCUCUGUUACUUGAUCAGGGUUUUAUUUCAGGUAUUGGCAACUGGAUUGCAGAUGAAGUGCUAUACCAAGCCAGAAUUCAUCCACUACAAACUGCUUCCAGUUUGUCCAAAGAAAGUUGUGCAACAUUACUUAAGUGCAUCAAGGAGGUCAUUGAAAAAGCAUUAGAAGUAGGGGCAGAUAGUAGUCAGUUCCCCAAUAAUUGGAUUUUUCAUUCCAGAGAAAAGAAGCCUGGGAAGGCUUUUGUUGAUGGGAAGAAAAUUGAUUUCAUCAAUGCUGGUGGUAGGACAACGGCCUAUGUACCGGAGUUGCAAAAGCUGAGUGGAGGGCAAGCUGUGAAAGUAGCAGCAAAAUCAAAAAGGCAGACUCCAAAGAGAAAAAAAGGUGAGGAUGAUAAUGAUGAAGGUGAAGAUGAUGCCAGUGAACCAGGAAGUGACAAAGAGGAAGCUGCUAGAAAAGCUAAAUCAAGGAGGGAGUUGAAGCCUAGAGGUCAUGUCAAGAAGCCUCCAGCAAAACAAAAAUCCGAGGCAACAGAUGACGUUGAUGAUGAAGAAAAUGACAAUUGUGCUGCUGCAGAUGACGAUCAUGAUCAUGAUGACUACGAUGAUGAAAAUGACAAGGAUCAAAAGAAGAAACCACGCAGAGUGACCAAUGAUAAACAAGCUAAGGCAAAAACAGAAUCCAGUAAGAAGGUUACCAAUCAAAAUACUAGAAAGCCUAAGAAGAAAAUGAAGUAGAUUGUUUUUGAAUGUCAGCUGUAGCUGUGCCAGCUGCAAAACACAGCCCACGUUUUGGAAAGCAUAGAGAGGUGGGUGUAUCCAAAUUUUUGUAAUUAUUAGUCUAUUGCCAGUUUUUGGGUCACUACUUUGGAUCAGUUAUGUUCAAGAUACCAUUUUCUGCCCAUGCCAAUGGCUUCUGCAAAUGUUAUAGUCUAGUGGUUUGAUAGUUGGACUAGUAUUAUCCUGAAAGAGCCUUCAGGUGAUGUAAAUUCGUAGAUUCGAUCUAAAUACUGAUGUUGAAGCAACAAGCAUCCCAGUGUUUUUAAAUUUA